AUGAUCGUAGAAUCUUACGCAUUCCAAUCACUAUCAAAUAAUCAUUCUCAACCAUUGGCAAUCAAACAAAUUGAAAUGGCGAUGAAUAAAUUAACUGUAAAACAGAAUGGACAAUCAAAAACGGAUGAAAAUCGUACGGAUGACGAUUAUGGUGGAGGUGGAAGUAAAACUAAUUUACCAAUAUCUUCUAAAACUGCAAUACUAGAUAAUCGUAAAUCUCGUUCGACGAAUUAUCAUCUUCGUGUUGAUCCAACUCGAUGGUGGCUCGUUCAUUUUAUACAACGUUUUAUUGUUGAUCCGAAACGUACAUUAACACGAAGUCGUAGUGCUACAGAUGCUACACGUUUUCUUCGUCAUAUUCAAGCUCGUAUAUCAACAGCGAUUAAAUGUGACUCUGUUUAUGAAGAAUCACCAACGAAUAAAAAAAGACGAAAUACUAGUUAUCAUCAUAGUCAAAUGUCUGAUUGUGAGCAUAAUACGUAUAUACGAACACGUUCUCAAUCAGUACCUAAUCAUGAUAUUUAUAGUUCUAAUUAUCAAAUGUUAACAAUGAAACGAAGAUCACAACCAAUACUACGUUCAUCAUCUGUACAUGAUCUUAAUCGUCAUGAAGUAUUUCGUGCAAAUGAACUUGAUUUUGGUCCAAUUAUUGGACAAGGAUUUUAUGGUAUUGCACGAACAGUUACACUCAGGAAAACUGGUCAGAUAAUGGUGAUGAAAGAAACGAAAACAUUUGAUAAAGAAGCACAAAAAAUUUUUGUUAAAGAAGUGCAAGUUCUUAAAAGACUGAAGCAUUCGAACGUUCUCAAUUUUAUAGGAUUACUUCUUGAUAAAGAUAAUCAAAUGUGUUUUCUUGUUGAUUAUAUAGCCGGUGGUACAUUAAAAAAUAUUAUUCAUGAUUUAUCAAUUCCAUUAACAUGGCUGCAACGCUUACGCUAUGCAAAAGAUAUCGCUGCCGGAAUGGAAUAUUUGCAUUCAUGUAAUAUAAUUCAUCGAGAUUUGAAUAGUUCAAAUUGUUUGGUUAAAUCCGAUGGACAUGUUGUCGUGGCUGAUUUUGGUUUAUCAAGAAUAAAUCUUGAAGACGAUGAUGAUAAUGUAAAUACACAAAUUAGUGAUGGUUCAUCGUCAUCAAGUUUCAGACGAGAACAACGAAGUACAAGUACAACAAUUACAUCAAAUGGACAUAUUGUUGUAGUUCGGCCAAAAACUCGACGACAAUUGUUAAGAGAUCGGCAAAGAUAUACAGUAGUUGGUUCACCUUAUUGGAUGGCACCUGAAAUGUUAAAAGGGCAAUGUUAUGAUGAACGUGUAGAUAUAUUUUCUUUUGGAAUAAUGCUUUGUGAAAUUAUCGGUCGGGUACAAGCCGAUCCUGACUAUUUACCUCGUACCCAAGAUUUUGGGUUGAAUGUACAUUUAUUUAAUCAGAAAUAUUGUAGUAAAGAUUGUCCAAAACAAUUUAUUGCUAUAGCCAUAGCUUGUUGUGACAUAAAUCCUGAUUCAAGACCUGCAUUUUGUGUGUCUCAUCCAUGGCUUGAAGCUCUUGCAUUGAGUGUUGAAACAGGAGUUUGUCUCUCUUCGACUUCGAAUACAAUAGCGGAUCGAAUCUCGAAUGGAAAUUAA